AGAAGGGGAGGAGAACUGGUGGUCGGCUUUUCGGGGCCGGAGAAGGAAAAAGCAGUGCUGGCAAGGGUGGGAACUGAAUGACAGCCACCCCCCACCCUCUGCCAAGCCACCCCCUCCUGUUUUCCAUCUACCUCCUCGCUACCGCCCUCCCCCGCCCUCCCCAGCCCACGCCCCGGUGGGCCAAUCGCUGCUCCGCAUUCCGGGCGCUUUCUCAGGUUUCUGCUGAUCUAGCAGCGCCCAGAAAUGGACCGAGGGGACCCGCGCCGCACGCACCCUGCCCCACUCGGAGCUGCGAACGGCUCCCAGCGCUCAGCGUAGCCUCGCCGAGGUCCGCGCGCGGGGGUGUGCUGGAGGCGGAGGGGGAGACCCGCGAGCCAUGUAGAUCCAGGCCCUAGCUCACUCGCCUUCGGGAUCGAAUCAAGGGCUCCCACGGUGCUGGGAGGGGGCGAAAGCGCUCCGUAUCGUCAUUCGCUUCGGAGCUCCGGAGAGGGUGGCAUUUUGCUCUUCCGCUCCGCAGCCUCCGGAACUCCCCGCACACACAGAGAGAAAGAGACACAGUGGCGUCUCCAGGCUGCCGGCCACGGGUGAGCAUGGGGGUAGGGAAUGGACAUUUCCGCCGUAGCUGCCCAGUAAAGCAACUGGCCGACUGAAGAAAGCCGGACCAGGGGCGAGGGUGGCGCGCUGGCCCCGGCGCCCCUCGGAUGCUGCGGCGGCCGCGGCUCGCGCCCGGGUACCGCAAAGCCGACCUGCCGCAUUCCCACUCGGGCUCUCCGCCGACUCAGCACCUCCCCUGCGCCAAGUCGGCCGGCCAGCGUCCAUCGAUGGCCCCGGUGGGAGCUUAGAAGGCGGCGGGCGAAGAGGGCUAGGAGGGGGGAAGAGCCAAGGAGAAGCAGAAGGGGUGGCGGGCGAGGGGGUCCGCUGAGCCGGCUCCGCACCGGGUCCUAGGAAGGCUCGCGGAGGGGAGGGGAGGCCGGGGUGACCCCGAAGCCAUGGCCCGGUCCGCUAGGACGGCGCUGCGUUAAGGCACCUCGGAGCAGGAAGACACACCAACUCUCCCCUUCCCGCCCGGAAAAGCUGCACCGGGGCGGCAGGCGAGAGGGAUUCCAAACUGAGGAGCAGGCGGGGUGGAGGGGCGGGCCUCCAGGAGCCAAGUGGCUGACAAUCUCCACCUGCCGGCUCGAAAGCCCCGCCCCUGGAGCGCCGGUGGGGAGGGCGCGCGGGUUCGCCACCCAUUCCACCUCCCUCGCCCCUCCCCUCCCCGCCCCGGCCUGGUCCCCCGCCUCCCGCCUCCGGCCACCGUCUCCGCCCCCCACCACCUCCACCAUGACGGUGAUGUCCGGAGAGAACGUGGACGAGGCUUCGGCCGCCCCAGGCCACCCCCAAGACGGCAGCUACCCGCGGCCGGCCGAGCACGACGACCACGAAUGCUGCGAGCGCGUGGUCAUCAACAUCUCCGGGCUGCGCUUCGAGACGCAGCUCAAGACGCUGGCGCAGUUCCCCAACACGCUGCUGGGCAACCCUAAGAAACGCAUGCGCUACUUUGACCCGCUCAGGAACGAGUACUUCUUCGACCGCAACCGGCCCAGCUUCGACGCCAUCCUCUACUACUACCAGUCUGGGGGCCGGCUGCGCCGGCCGGUCAACGUGCCGCUGGACAUGUUCUCCGAGGAGAUCAAGUUUUACGAGCUGGGCGAGGAGGCCAUGGAGAAGUUCCGCGAGGACGAGGGCUUCAUCAAGGAGGAAGAACGGCCCUUGCCAGAGAAGGAGUACCAGCGCCAGGUGUGGCUGCUCUUCGAGUACCCGGAGAGCUCGGGGCCUGCGCGGGUCAUCGCCAUCGUCUCCGUCAUGGUCAUCCUCAUCUCCAUCGUCAUUUUCUGCCUGGAGACGCUGCCCGAGCUGAAGGACGAGAAGGACUUCCCGGGCGCCGUCCACCGCCUGGACAACACCACGGUGGUUUACAACGCCAACAUCUUCACGGACCCCUUCUUCAUCGUUGAGACGCUGUGCAUCAUCUGGUUCUCCUUCGAGCUGGUGGUGCGCUUCUUCGCCUGCCCCAGCAAGACGGACUUCUUCAAAAACAUCAUGAACUUCAUCGACAUCGUGGCCAUCAUCCCUUAUUUCAUCACCCUGGGCACCGAGAUAGCAGAGCAGGAGGGGAACCAGAAGGGUGAGCAGGCCACCUCGCUGGCCAUCCUCAGGGUCAUCAGGUUGGUAAGGGUAUUUAGGAUCUUCAAACUCUCCCGCCACUCUAAGGGCUUGCAGAUCCUGGGCCAGACCCUCAAGGCUAGUAUGAGGGAGCUAGGGCUGCUCAUCUUUUUCCUCUUCAUCGGGGUCAUACUGUUCUCUAGCGCAGUGUACUUUGCCGAGGCGGAAGAAGCUGAGUCGCACUUUUCCAGUAUCCCUGAUGCUUUCUGGUGGGCGGUGGUGUCCAUGACCACCGUAGGAUACGGUGACAUGUACCCUGUGACAAUUGGAGGCAAGAUCGUGGGCUCCUUGUGUGCCAUCGCUGGUGUGCUGACAAUUGCCCUGCCCGUACCUGUCAUUGUGUCCAAUUUCAACUAUUUCUACCACCGAGAAACUGAGGGGGAAGAGCAGGCUCAGUUGCUCCAUGUUAGCGCCCCUAACUUAGCCUCUGACAGUGACCUCAGUCGGCGCAGCUCGUCCACUCUCAGCAAAUCUGAAUACAUGGAGAUCGAAGAGGAUAUGAAUAAUAGCAUAGGCCACUUUAGACAGACCAAUAUCAGGACUGGCCAUUGUGCCACAGCUAACCAAAACUGCGUUAAUAAGAGCAAGCUACUGACUGAUGUUUAAAAAGCCAAGCAAAGAAACUUUAAAAAGCCCCCACUUAGCAGCUUGAAAGACUUAAAAAAAAAAAAAACCCCAAAAAUCAAACCAAACCCCGAGUGACCAAAGUCACUCUCUGUAGAUACUUUACUAAGUAAGCUUUGGACGUUCCAUUGAACUGUCGAUGCAUUGUUGCAUUGCCAGUGUUGGGCAUUGCCAAUGUUGGGGGUGGAAAACCUGAAGAUUUCAGGAGCCAUGGAAAAAAACAAUUAUUUUCAUUUUAUUAAAAAAGUGGGAAAAGAAAGUGUAUUUUCUAAAACUGGUUUAAAAUCACUCAGUCCACGAACUAGUCAAGGUAAAAUAAGAAUCACGUGCUUCCCAUUUUUUAAUUCUUGCUGGCUUCUUUAACUUUUUUUUUUCAUGUGACUGAAUGAGAAUCAGAGGAUCGCUUAGAAAUAUCAAAUGAAAAUUUGCAUGGGACUCUAAUAUGAAAUCUUGGCAAACUGCACAACAUAUUUAAGACAGUGCAUCAGAUGUAUUGUAUGUAACAUGAUACACCAGCCAAAAUGGGCAAUGAACAGAUGUUUUUAUUUUGAUCCACCGAACUGCAUAUUCCAAGGUGAAAAAAAAAAAAAAUUACUUAAGACUGGUUCACCAAGCACCUUAGAAAUCUGAUACUGGUCCUGGUUCUGUAGGGAUUUUUCCCUCUGCCCCCAUUCUUUUCUGAUUCAAACUCUUCUCUAAGAAACAGUGAUAACUGAAUGCAAUUCAUUGAUCCAUCUGCAGUGCUGCUAAGAUUCUCAACUGCAGACACACCCAAAGGGUCUUUUCUCACAAGUCCUGCACCCUGACCCCCAUCCUCCAGAACUGGAUGUAAAACCUUAGCCUCCUUGUUGCAAGAGAGCACAAAUGGAACUAAGUGUAAGCAUGUUUGAAUCUGAUCCUAAUUUAUUUUAUAAUCGCAUGCUGAGAACGUUAACUCAGACAAUAGGGGAUAAGCUUACUUAGGAAUCGAUUCUUCUACAAAUAGAUUCUUCUUCAUUUGCAUUCACCAAAAGUGCACUCCUUCAUUUAUUAACUCUUUUUAUUAGCCAGUAAAGUACUGUAUUUAAGUACCUAUGUUAGUCAGCUGGGAACAGUACUUUUCAGAGCUCCAAGCAUGUUCUCUUAUUCAGCAUUAUGGCCGAUUUGAUUAAGGUGUACCUUGAAUUAAUUAGUGCAUGAUUCAGUUAAUGUAAAAACGUUAAAAAAAUAAUAAAAAUUAUAAGUUUGUGGGAUGAA